UUUAAAACCAUGACAAUGGCGAAUGUUGGGUUCUUGUCGCUUCCUGCAGAGCUGAUAUGUUACAUUUUACUUUUCCUUACUCCAAGGGACCUUUGUCGUCGUGCAAUUGCAACCUGCAAAACCAUCAGGGAUGCGGCUCAGAAUUCUGUACAAAUUCAACACAAGCUCGAGCUUUUUUCUCAGGGCUUUACCGAGACUAUUACCCCUGGCCAGGACUCAAUCGACUUUUUCAGAAAGAACAAUCGUUUGAAGAAAUCGGCACUCAUGUCGCGGUCUGAUUUCCAUGUGAACACUGUUUUCCAAGAAGCAGUGCUUGCUGUGCAUGCUGCUACGAAAGAGACACAAUCCUUGAAGUGCGGGCUCUGGUGGAUGUCCAGAAAGAGCGAUCUCUUAAUUCAGGAAUGCAACACAAAUACCACUCAGACAUGGUCCAACCACAUCUUGUCCCCCAUGCCGCAGCACGAGUUGGCGACAGUCGUUGUCGACCCUCUGCAGGAUCUUUUGGUCACAAUCUCCUCAGUUGACUCCAUCGAUGUGCUCGAUGUCGUGCAAGCUCACCACGUUUUUUGGCUUGAGAUUCGUAUGCUUUCAGCGCAGGCUCCGCAUCCGGAUUCAGCGUGCACUUCCUUGGACUGCAGCCAUUCUUUUAAUGAACGUGGCAUUCAUGAUGUCAUGUUUAUGAAAGAACCUGCAAUAUGCGGGGAUCGUGUAGUUGUCCCCUAUUGUAUAUACGCAGACGAUGGAGGGGCGGAGCUGAUGUUCAUACAAGUGGUAGAUUGGAGGAGAGGACGGGCAGAGUGUUAUCCUGUAGGCCACCAAGCUCGAAAUUGGCCCCACCAGAACAAUUUCCAUCUCAUAGACCGACAAACAUUUGUUGUCAUCGACUUGCAAGUUUCUAUAAACUUGUAUACGUUACAAGAAUUUGGCGGGCCGCCUCAGUGCCGAAUUGUUUACUGUUUUCCAACAUACGGCUCUCUGCGUCAUCCAUCGUGUGUCGUUCACACCACUCCGUUGGUCCAAGGCACAGCAGUUCGCCCAGACCUUAUGCCCAGCUACGUAUCCUUUCUUGAGUCCCAAAUUAUGGUCUUGGAGAUGCUCCUUCCUGUAUUGCCCGUUGUUUUGGUCAUCGAUAUGGCCAUUUUCUCAAAGAACGCCCUGCAUCCAGAGGGCCUUAUCACGAUACCCUGGUUGGACUGGGGACCACAGCAUACGUGCUGCUUUCCGCAUGACCCAAGCCACCGAAUCAGUGUUUUCGGUAGCAGAAUGGCCUAUGCUCUUCCUCGAUAUCGGACCCCCACUCCUGGACAUAGACUGGAAGCGCUAUCUACCGACGGUCGCUUCUACGUGCACAUAUGGGACUUCAAUCAAAGAGUCGUUGCCCGUUCCAGAAGCAUAUCCGACUCUAACUCACCAGACCAUCUGAUCCGCAAGCCUCCUUUUCUAGCUCAUACGUUUUAUAAGAGUGACUUUAGCUCGAACCAUUUUUACACUACUACCGUCUGUCAUACAUCUUUUCCGACGCGUGACUUUGAGGGGUUAUUCUUGGAACAUGAUAGGUUUACUUUAACAUGGGUUCGACCUGACGCAGUUGAUAUUCAGGUCGUUUCUCCUUACGCUGUACCAGAAACAAAGGCUUUAAGCUGUUGGCUCAGAGACUAUAUCAAACUCAUCACGAAUUUUUGGGCAUCGAUGACCGUUGGUAUUAUCUCUCACUCUUGAUAAUCAUCACGAGUCAUGAUGCCUGUACCCGACUUCUAGUACAUGGGUGAGGUGUUCGUAAUCGUGAAUACAGUGAUAGUAGUUGGUACCAUACUCAAGUCAUUCCUGGCAGGCCUGUACAUACGGCUACGCUGGCCAUUGGUUGAGAGCUUCAUGCAAGAAAAAAUUAUUCUGGCUUCUAGAUGAUUUGUCAUCAACUUGAGUCAGG